AUGUGCACAUUUGCAGGGAUUUGCCCGACCGACCCGGCGAUCGAAAACCAGAUCGUGGACGCUCACAAUGCGUUCAGGAGAGCGGUCCAGCCGUCUGCAGCCAACAUGUUGAAAAUGAUCUGGAGUAAUGACGUGGCAGCUCUUUCCCAGGCCUGGCUGGACCAUUGCAUGCUAAAACACGGUCCACCCAGUAGCAGAAUGUUGAACGGCUAUGAGUUGGGGGAGAAUCUCUUCUACUCGACCAGUGCACUGGACUGGGCAACAGUCAUCACAGCCUGGCACAACGAGGUCCAACACUACACGUACCCAAACGGCUCUAGGAAUGGAGAAUCCGUGGGCCACUACACACAGGUGGUGUGGAACAGCUCUUGGCAGGUGGGCUGUGGAAUAACCAAGUGUGGGAGCAAAUACUUCUACGGCUGCCAGUACUACCGCGCGGGUAAUUAUGUAGGAUGGCCUCCAUAUAAAGAAGGAACUGCCUGCGAUUCCUGUCCAAAUAACUGUGAAGACAAACUCUGUACCAACCCGUGUCAAUAUAUAAACAGAUUCCUCAACUGUCCGGCUCUGAAAAAAGAGGCAGGGUGUGGCAACCACUGGGUCAAUUUAUGGUGUCUCGCCGAAUGCAAGUGCCCCAAUGAGAUCAUCCCAGUAUACAGGAAGAAAUAAAGCCCCCCUGACGCAUGAAAUCGCUAACGUCCUGUAUGCUAAGGGUGUGUGUGCUAGAAUCUGAUCAAGUAAUGUAUAGCGCCUUCGUGAUGUUGAUGAAUGAUUAAUCAACAAAAAUGUUUACCUUUCCACUUCACAGACCAUCUUUGUCACAGAUAUAUCUGCGUCUCAGACAAAGAGGAGGCCAAUUUGAUUAAGAUUAGGUAAUAUUCUAUAUGUUUUAAGACUAAAUAAACAGGCAAAUGCUGAUGGUUGCAUGGUAGCAUUUUAAAUUGUCCUCCCUGGGUGAGAAAUUAUCAUUUUAGAUGUACAUUUUUCUUUGAAUCUUUCAGAAGUUAAACACGUAUGCCCAGUAUGCCCAGGCCUAUGUUUUGCAAGAAUCCACAUAGGAGUAUAAAUCACAAUUCAUAAAGUGUUAUACAAAUACUAUUUGAAAUAAAUUAACAAACUGAGAAAAACUGUGAGAAUAAUAACAUUACAACUGGUAGGUAUUUACCAGAAAGAGACAAGUGAAGGGUUACUAGGUAAUUUAAAGUGGUGAUUCACUUUAGAUUCUCCCACAGACAUAUCAGGUGUGCUUCCUUGUAACAAUCAAAGAAAUGCUCACAAUCCUCAUCAAUAAAAAGUCUGGAAUGUGUUUAAUCUGAUUAUAAAGGAAUAAAUGAGUAGAUGCAGAUGUGGUUUUCCGUUCAUCUAUGUUGGUUGUUCAAAUGAAGCUCAAGGUACUUUAUCAAGAUUAACAAUAGAGGAUACUCCUAACAGUAAUCCAUUGCUGUCAGUAGGUGGCUCUAUUGUACAACACUCCGAUUAUUGAUUAGAGAGGAGGGAUUUGCAGUCAAGUCAGUGUUUAAACAUUCAAACAAUACAGCUCAUAGACUUCAAAAACUAAACAAAUAAAAUAAAUUAAAUGGCUUGUGACUCUUAUCUAAGGCUGUUUUCUUUAUUGUCACUCAAACACAUAAGCACACACACGCACACACACACACACACACACACACACACACACACACACAAACACACACACACACACACACACACACACACACACACACACACACACACACACACACACACACACACACACACACACACACACACACACACAGAAAUGUUUGCUGAAGAUAAAGGUUAAUAUUGGUUGUAUAUAGGACGACACAGUUAAAUAAUUGUCCCCCCGGACACACCCGUUUGACAGUGAGAUUAUUCGGUCUAUAAUGUCGUUUGGUUUUCUGUUUCACCCAGAAUCCUUAGAGCCCAGUUAUAAAAACAGGCCUUCUUUGAAUGUAAGGGCAGUGCUUUACUUAAGUCUUACUUAAGUGAGUCUUGAAUUUCGUUGAUGGAUGAUAAAAUAAACCAUGUCUUGAAAGAUGUAUAAUCUAUGUGAUCAAAUGGACUGUAUUCUCUGCGUGUUUGUUGAAUUCUCAGUAAGGAUUCGAAAUUCGCCGUCAAAUUACAUGGAUUAAAAAAAGUAAUCACUCUUUUU